UAUUCAUCCAAAUGUGUUCAAGUGUGUACAAUAUGAAAACUUAUGCCUCUAUUUAUAGUGCUACAUAUAGGCAUACAAAAGGGUAACAAUAAACAUGUCACUCAAUAUAUGAGAUAAUGGAAGAACCAUUAAGAUGGUGGAAGAUAAUGGAAGAACCAUUAAAAUGGUGGAAGAUAAUGGAAGAGGCAUUAUAUUUGAGAUCAUGGAGGAAGUGAGAAUUUAUUUCUAGAGUGGUGGACAUCCACACUUAUUUUUCAUAACAAAUAUAUAUAUAUCUUGUCAUAUUUCCCAUACCUCACCCUAUUUUCUCAUUAAUCAAACAAUGGCGAGAUCAGCAGUGGAACUCGAUUUCUUCAGCAUGGAGAAAGAGUCUAAUGAUGCAAAACAUGAAAAUGGAAUAAGCUUUGGAGAUAUUCGAAGUGUGAUUUUGAAGACCGAUCCUGAAGUUCUGAAGACUGCAAUUUCAAGGGAAGAUUACUCUCAAUUGCCCCUUUUUAGUCCUACUUCGAGGCUUCAUUGUGGCUUGGAAAAUGGCACAGAAAAUGCACCUCUGACCAUUUUCUACGAUGGAACAGUUGCGGUUUACGAUGUUACCAGUGACGAGGCUGAAGGUAUUCUAAGGUUUGCAGAAAGGUAAAAAAUUAUGGAUGCGUUUUCUCCAAGAGAGCAAUUGUUUGUGGAAACAUUUAGUGGAGAUCUACCAUUGGCAAGGAGAAACUCCUUACUUAGAUUCUUGGAGAAGCGAAAAGAGAGGCUGACUGUGGUGUCACCUGAUGGUUUAUUCCAGCCCCCUAUCUUUGGCUCCUUAGGCUAUACUGCCUCUAAAAGCAAGAAUUAGCAGAAGAUAGGAGUAUCAUACAAUAUUGCUGAUGAUAUAGUAGAUGGAUCUUAGUGUAAAAUAUUAAUUUUGGGGAUUUGGUAGUACUACUCUUAUAUGUUACUAAGAUAUUUACUUUCCCAGUCAAAUGAUUUUUACUAUAUAUAAGAGAGAAUGAGGUGCUUUUGUAGUCCUCACAAUUUUUUUAUUCCUAUGGUGUUGUUACA